GCGAGGGCGCUGUCCGGAGAGCGUUCCAUCCGGUCCAGCAGCUCCGUUGCUACGUCACCACAUUGCACCGAAUACCGAUGGCACAGCGUGUAAAAGCGUGAAGCUGUUCUCCAGAAAAACACUGCCAGAAACUUAUGCAAGAUGAGGGAAGCGUGUGUGUUUCUGUGUCUCCUCCUGAGCUGCAGCCAGGCAGCCAGACAAGGACAGGACAUCAGAUGUGGAGCCUGCAGAGCUCUGGUAGAUGAGAUGGAGUGGGCCAUCUCCCAAGUAGAUCCAAAGAAAAUGAUCCAGACGGGAUCCUUCAGGAUCAACCCGGACGGCAGCCAGUCCAUCAGAGAGGUUCCUCUAGCCCGCUCAGAGGGAAACCUCCUGGAGCUGAUGGAGAUGGUGUGUGAGAGGAUGGUGGACUACGGCGAGCUCGCCGAUUCUUCCACACACAGGAAGUCCUACGUUAGGAUAAAGUCUCGGAGCGGCGAGCCCAUGGACCUCUCAGAGGCUUCGCUGGAUUCAAGAGUUACAGGCAGUUUAAAAUUUGCAUGUGAAACAAUUGUUGAGCAGCAUGAAGAUGAAGUCAUUGAAUUCUUCGCUCACGAGAACGAUAAUGUCAAAGACAAACUCUGCAGCAAGAGGACAGACCUCUGUGACCAUGCUCUGGAAAUGCACCACGAUGAACUUUGAUAUCAUCUCCCCAUGGCUGCCGUGACGUUGGGUGCUGUAAUGUUUUCAGUUUUCUCUUAUCCCCGGUUUACACCAAGGCGGUGGUGGAAGAUGUAGCUAUACAAAUUAUUAUGUUAGAUAAUAGAAAAUCCACCUGAAAGUAAAAGUGACAAUUUAAGGACCAGUUUUUGCCAUUUUUUAGCCGUAUCUCUUUGGAUUAUCUUGUCACUUGUUUAUAUACUGUAAGUAUUAUUUAGUUUUUAAUGCUCACUAAUAUUUAUUGAACUGUCCAAGAUCACAGGAAUAACUUCUUUUGGUUGAAUAUUCCAUCACAUUAAACUGAAAAGUUAAAGACACAUUAUGUAAGAUCAGAAAUUAAGAUUAUUUGAGUGUUGUCCAAAUGACAAAAUGUGCCUUUAUUACUGAACAAAUGUUUCCCUCCAUGUAAUGUCUCUUCAAAGAUCGAUCCCACCAUUACCCCCUUGGUAUUGUUACUGUUGAUGUGAAAUGUAUUACAGUUAAGAAAACAGAUAAAAUGUUGCUGCUAAGGUGGGUUGGGGGUUUGAUGCUAAAAAUGUCCUCAUGAACUGAUCAAACAUAUUCCACCAGAGAAAUUGGCAUCUGAAGAUCAAUUGAAAGUUGCAGCAAAGUCAAAAAAAAGAAGUUGGGAAAACUUCAACCACUGCUUUGUGUGAAAUUAUGAAUUCAAACUUAAUUUUGUAGCGUCUUUGUAGCCUAUACACUUUUAAAACACUAGACUUUCAUUUUUGUCUGACAACAAAGUAUUGACUUGUAAAAUGUACUUAAUGUUAAUAGUAAUGUCUGAAAAGGUCUACUUUCCCUCCAUGCUGCCCUUCUGAUCUAGAGCAGAAAAAUAUCUUUAAACACAAAUAUAUAUAAAAGAAGUAUAGAAUAGUUUAUAGCUUCAGGAGCAGGCAAAGGUCACCUCUUCUUUUAAAUAAAUAUUACAAAAACCAGCUGCAAUCCUGCAGUCAAUUUCUAUUUUCUUCAGUCUAGUUACACUGAACUCCAGUCUGAACUCCAGUGUAACACCACUAGAGUGAGCUGUAGUCCACAAUCUGAUAGUUGAGUCCAAAUUAAAGAAUCAUACUCAGUUGGAAAGUCUUCAUGCUGUACUGUCGAUGUAGAGAAAAAGUAUUUUUGGUAUCAUUUAUUUUUCAAUGUGAAAAAAAAUGAACUUGCUGUCUCAUGUGAACAUUCUUCUGAUAUUUUCCUUUUUUAUACAUAAAACUUUUGUAAGUUC